GACAACGUAUCCAGUGGGCGCCACUCCUCUGUGUGUAGUAAAGGCAUCCGGGAGCUGCCCGUCACUUAUUAUGCAAACAGAAAAGCGUGGAUGACGCAAACGAUUUUCGAAACCUGGCUGCGAGAACAGGAUGCGAGAUUUACCCGUGAGGGCAGGAAAGUCGUCUUUAUUGUAGACAACUGCCCCGCCCAUGGUGAAGUGGAUGGGCUUAAGUCCAUCAUCCUUGAGUUCAUGCCACCGAACGCAACUGCAGUAAUCCAGCCAAUGGACCGAGGCGUUAUUCAGAACCUGAAAGUCUACUACCGCCGCCAGCUACUCCACCGAAUGCUUCUUUGUGCAGACAGUGGGAAAGAUUAUAGUGUGAACUUGCUUUCCGCACUUCACAUGCUGACCUAUGCCUGGGAGCAAGUUAAAGUCUCAACCGUGCAAAGAUGCUUUCACCACGCUGGCUUCGCAAGACAAGAAGUCAUUCCAGAGGAGGAAGGGGAUACUGCUGAUGCUGAUGCGGCUGAUGCUGACAUCCUUUUCGGUCAGCUGGUAUCUUCCACUUCUUUCACACGACAAGAUUAUGAAACGUUAGAUGCAAACGUCACCACGUGUCGUGAAGAGAGCAUUGAAGAGCUGGUAGCUGAAGUUCAAGGUGAGGAGGCCUCAAGCUCCAGUGAAGAUGACGUGGAAUGCAAUGACCCCGGUCCUGCUGCAGUGCCAGACUGCACAGCGAGGGAGGCUGUUGCUCUCUUGCAGCGCUACUUUGAAUCUGAAGGCUGUGCGGAAUUUCUGCGCAACCUCCAAGGCAUGCACACCUACUUCGUCAAAAAGCGAUUACAAAAUGCAAAACAAACUACCAUUACCUCUUUUUUCUAGUCAGCUACAUUAGCUGGACAUCAUGCUUGUGAAAUAAAGUCAUAUUUCACUCA